AUGUUUUGCCAGCUUUCUGGAGAAGUGCCAGACGACCCUGUUGUAACUAAAUCUGGCCAUUUGUAUGAAAAGAGGCUGAUUGUCAAGUAUAUUGCUGAGAAUGGAAAGGAUCCUAUAACUGGUGAUGCAUUGAAUGCCGACGAUCUCAUUGCUGUACAAACCGCUGUCUCCUUGUCGGCUCAGACUAGUUUACUACGCAAAGAACAAAAUGAACCUAACCAACACCAUCCUAUUCACCUCACAGCUCAAAAAGUAGUACGACCCAGACCACCAGCUGCAACAUCAAUACCAGCACUCCUAUCCCUGCUACAAAAUGAAUGGGACGCAAUAGUAUUAGAGUCCUUCCAAUUGCGAGAUGCCCAUCACAAAAUUCGUGAAGAAUUGACUACAAGUCUAUACGAGAAUGAUGCUGCUAAACGAGUCAUUGCUCGAUUGCUCCGCGAACGAGAUGAAGCUAGAGAUUCCUUGAAGAACGUUAAAGCUCAUUUUGCUAGUAUGGCUGGUAGUGGUGGUGAACAGUCAGUCCCACAAAAUGAUAUGGAUGUUGAUGAGCCUGCUGCUACUGAAGGAUUACCUUCUGAUGUUGCAGAAAAGAUGGACGCCAAGCAACAAGAGUUGUUUGCUGACAGAAAAAAGAGAAAACACCCCAACUUGGCGACACCAGAAGAACUUGCCAGUCUCGCUGUUGUCUCGCAAUUCAAGGUCGGUGGUGCCAUCAACGCUCUCGUCCUGGAAUCAGCCAAAGACCUAGCUAUAACAGGAACGGCCAAUGGUCACAUCAUCUUAACGAAUCUAGAGACUGGUAAAGCUGUCGCCACACAUAAAGACAAGGCUGAGGUAAAAGCUGUCGCCUUCCAUGAUUCACGAUCUGUUGUGUUUGCUGCCAGUGCAGAUCAGACAGUCAAGGCAUUUGAACUGGAAGAGAAUAGAAAGUCUACCAAGUUUAAGAGCUUGUGGACUAUGGAUGAUCAUAAGGAUAUUGUUACUAGCUUCUCAUUACACUCUACUGGAGACUAUUAUGUAUCGGGUAGUAUGGAUGCAUCAUGGAUAUUUGGUGAUGUAGAAUCUGGCAGAGCUAUUACUCAGGUCCAGAUGGAUGAUCAAUCAGGAGUUACAUCAGCACAGUUCCAUCCAGACGGUCUUUUGUUGGCGACAGGCUCCGAGAACGGAAGCAUCAAAAUCUGGGAUGUAAAGUCUCGCUCAGCUGCCGCCGAGUUUGCCAGUGCAGGAAGUGUGACACAGCUCACCUUUUCUGAAAACGGCUAUCAUUUAGCUACCGUGAGUGCAGGAAGCACUGAAUCCGUUGUGAAUGUUUGGCACUUGAAAAAACUCGAAGCUGUCAAAACAUUCACCUUGGAAGCUGGAGUAACCUUUGUAUCAUUUGAUUACUCUGGAAGUUAUCUGGGGGUGGCCAAUGGCAGCACUGUCAAGGUAUAUGGUGUCAAGACGUGGAAUGAAGUGGCAGAAUACACUCUCGCAACAUCAAAGCCUAUUACAUGUUUCUCAUGGGGGCCCGACGCAAAGUAUAUUAUUGCUGGUAGCUCCGACCAAAACCUGAUGCAUAAUAUCAAGAGAAGAGGGCAGCUACAACUCGUCAAGUCACCUAAAUCUAAUAGAUCAUCGACAUCUGUUGGGAACAAAUCCUCAAUCAACAAGUAUGUCACGCUGAGAGGUAUCUCGCUGCCGAAAGCAAGUUUCCUCAGUUUAGGAAUAGUGGUGAUCAUAAUCACGCUACUUCACGUGACGAGCAUAUAUAUAUUUGCAUCUGGAUUCCUGUUGACACGUGUGGAGCUUGAUUUGCACAACAAUUGCUCGACAUUUGGCUCUGAAGAUGUAUGCUGGACUCAACCUCGCUAUAAACGAGCCGUGAUUCUACUUAUUGAUGCUCUUCGACACGACUUUAUAACCUACAACGACUCGCUACCCACCAACUCGAGCUUCUACCUAAACAAGCUCCCCACAAUCCAUAAUGCUCUGACCACACGUCCACAACACGCUUUAUCGUAUAGAUUCCUGGCUGAUCCACCAACAACUACUCUCCAACGUCUAAAGGCAAUCACAACAGGAACUCUCCCAACAUUUGUCGAUGCAGGAUCCAAUUUUGGUGGAUCUGCAGUCCUAGAAGAUAAUAUCCUCGAACAGUUUGUCAAACGGGGUAUGAGGAUAUCGUUUGCUGGUGAUGAUACAUGGCAAGGCCUAUAUUCACACCUGCUAAACAUGUCGCAUCCAUAUCCGUCAUUGGAUGUAUGGGACUUACAUACUGUAGAUAAUGGAGUUAUAAAGCAUCUGUAUCCUGCCUUGCAAGGCAAGGAUGUACAUGAGAAUUCGUCAGAGUGGGAUAUUUAUAUAGGACAUUUCUUGGGUGUUGAUCAUGCUGGACAUCGAUACGGACCUAAUCAUGCCGCCAUGUCUGAGAAACUGACGCAAAUGGAUGCCAUGUUGUCCCAUGUCAUAAAGUCACUGGAUGAUGAUACGCUGCUGAUUGUCUUUGGUGAUCAUGGCAUGGAUCCUAAAGGUGAUCACGGUGGUGAAUCGCUAGAGGAGAUAUCAGCUGGUUUAUUCAUAUACUCUCGUACAAAACCACUAUUACAUCAAGAUGAUCUGGAUGAUAUAAAAGCAUUAAACGACGCACGUCAACCAAUCGAAUCUCAGUUCGAUCCAUUAUAUACCUCCGAAUCAUAUAGAACAGUAUCUCAAAUCGACUUGGUCCCUACGCUAUCACUGCUAUUCGGAUCUCCCAUUCCAUUUGGUAAUCUAGGUAGUGUUAUACCCGAACUGUUUGGAAUUGAAGAUGGGCUUGAGGCUUUGAGAAUGAAUGCAUGGCAGAUACAUCAGUAUCUACAUGCUUAUAGUCAGACGAGAGCUGGUGUGAGAUUGGAUGUGCCUGCUUUGGAUGUCUUGUUUCAGGACGCUGAGAGACAAUAUCAGGAGUUGUUUGGAGAGGUAUCGAAUAAUAGUCCAAGUAGCAGGGUUGCUAAUGAUAAUGCUAGUAGUAAAAGUAAUAGUAAAGAAGCAAAACCAUCUAGUGGAGGAAUCAUGGGAUGGUUUCAAAAAGCAACAGCAUCAAGUACCGAUAAUAGUAAUAGUGGUAAAGCUGCUGCAAAUGGUAAAAUUGCCAUCAAAAAACCAUCAAUACCAACCACUAGUGUAGUGCUGAUCUAUGAGAAGUAUCUCAAAUUUACACGGUCGUCGUUAUUCUCUGCUAAGAAAAUAUGGGCGAGGUUUGAUUUGCCCUUGAUUGUAAUGGGUCUCGUUAUAUUUGGACUCACCGUACUAGCAUCUGCCUUGUUUGCCAUUUUUGGUUCAGGUUAUGAAUCCGAAGUACCGUAUAUAUCAAUUGGUGUUGGUAGUCUAGUUGGAUGUGGAUUAGGUGCAUCUAGAAUAAUUCACUAUGUCGUGUCAUCAAUCAACACGGGUGACUCAGCAAUGACAAUAAUCCAUGAAAUCGCCUUUUCAUCAGCCAUGGGAGCUCUGCUGCCACUACUUGUAUGGCUAUCAUUUAAAAUAACUCGAAUCAAUAUGCAAUGGCCGGCACGAGUCGGUGUAUUACUGACUGCCUUAUACGUGCUAUCAGUUGGAUCAGACUCAUUCACAGUAUGGGAAGACACUGUAACAUUAUAUCUAUUACAAACGGUAUGGGUGAUUGCUCUAGUCUCUGCCUUGGGAGUAUCCAAGCCACUGGUACAAACUCGACUAGUAUUUAUCGCGAUAGGAUGUAUAGUGUUGACUAGGAUUUCAGCGACAUCAGUCAUGUGUCGUGAAGAGCAAGUGCCUAAAUGCACCACGACGUUUUAUGCCAGUGCCGGAUCAUCUGUAUCACCCUUAUCAAGUACUCUAGCACUAUUUGCUACUGCGGUCGGUAUUCCAUUCCUUAUAAAACGAGUCACGGAUGAUACCGAUUCGACAUGGGCAACUGUGGGGUUGAUUGUAUUUUAUUUCUUGCCGUCGGCCAUGCUCGUAUCAGCUAUAUAUUGGUUUUUAGAUUAUCUAGAUCAAUCAGGACUCUUUGUAGAUACCUUGAAGGCCGGCUCUGUGCUGAAGGUGUGGUGGGCGAGGCUAUGUUUCCCUGCUCUAACAGUAGCGCUAACAUAUGUGUGGUUUUCGGAUCCAACGUCCGUUGAGAUUGAUAUAAUGGAUGCACCUGCCGAUGUUGGACAACCUGGAGCUAGAAUGCUGCGGGUGCGAGGGAUGAAUAAUGCUGUGGGUGCCUCUAUGGUUGCGCUGUUGGGUAUUUGGAGUAUUAUAGUGUCGUUUGUGGUCAAACCCACUGGGGCUGUUAUGAUGUCUGUGAUGACUGCUCAGGUCAUUGGGUUGGCUGAGACUGUUGCGUUGUGGAGAGAUUAUGUGUUUGAUGUAUCUGAUUCCGAUGAAGCGCCGCACAAAACCAAAGUAGACUAUACAUUCUACUUCCAAGUAGUCCUCUUCCUCAUAUCUCAUCGCCACUACUUUGCAUCCGGCCACCAAAACACAUUUGCAUCCAUCGACUGGACGGCCGCCUUCAUUGGAAUAGAAUCUGCUCACCCAGCUUCCGCUGUAGUACUCGUAACAGUCAACACAUUCGGAACCGCCAUAAUAGGAGCUCUAGGAUCUGGCCUUAUCGCAUCAUGGCGUAAAACACUACUACUAGAUUCAGAAGCAGAUUAUGUAAGCUCUGUUACGACCAGUGUUAUAGGAUGGAUGACGCUUGAAUCAUUGCUGGCAUUUAGUGCUAGUUUCUUUGCCGGAUGGCAUCGUAGACAUUUGAUGGUUUGGAGGGUAUGGGCACCACGAUUUGUGUUUGGAUCGUGUUGGUUGAUUGUUAGUGAUGUUGCUGUAUUGGUGUUUGGGGUUUUGGCUACGUAUACCGCGGGCAAUGCCUGGCAAUUAUUUUUGAAGAGGCUCAAGGAGGCUGGAGUUUUGAAAGAUUGA